GCCAUUGUCCCCCUCCAAUCACACCUCCAUGCACGUCUUGACAACAUUGAUAUUCGAUCUUAUUCCACUCCUUCUCGAGAUUAGGCGCCAGUUCCUUCAGAUGCCUCUUCAAUUUGUCAACUAUACUUGUAUUGCCAUAUACUGUACUGUACCUGUAUAUCGGGCGAGUUUAUUCAUGUUAGCAUACCUUGAUAACAAACCUCGUCCGUCUACAUUUGACCACGUUGAUAUCGUCACCCAUGUCAUGAUAUUGAAUUUGAAAGUGGGGACCUGACAGGUCUUAAUGAGUACCGAUUUAUCUAUAUCCACCAGGCCUGCUACUCGCUUCCGGUGGCAUCCCACUAGGCGCUCCAUGCUUCCCUAUCAAACC